AGCAGCAUUUGCUGCCUCAAUAAUGACCACAACCCUUCAAUCGGUUUCGCCUUCAGAUCGUCACGUCUGAGAUGCUUUUUUGCCACUACCAUUGAUUGUAGAACCACACCCAUUGCUACGGGCAUCAACCACAAUGGCUGCACUUGGUCCCCGCAACACCCACCCUGACAUCCGAGCGAGGAUCAGCAUCCAUGAUCAAUCAGCCGAAGACAUCAGGGCACAACUCCAACUGGCCGAUCAACAGCAGAAGGCCCUCCGUUCACAACAGUCAUACCUGUCUCCCAUACCUGUUGCUCCUCUUCAUCGCGCAGUCCUCCGAAAGAGCAGGACUUUACCUCACCGAAUCCAACAGCUUCAACUCGCUCUCAACCUUGCACCGCGAACGCGAAGCAGACGCAGCUGCAUUGAGCCUAUACAGAGGAUCUCCUAUUUCUGCAAUCAGCCCGCCAUGCGUUGGCUUGGGUUGGAAACCCUCUGCCGAGUACGAGCCUCAGGACCCAACUCCACCACGACCCCAACUACGGGUGCAAACAUUCAAGGAGCAAAGGAGAUACCAAAAGCUACUCACAAAAUCGUUCAAAAAGCAGCAGAAGGAGCAGCUUAGAGCACAAAAGGAAACCGAAGAAUUACAUCGUGCAUUCCAGGCCGUGGAAAGUGCCGUUGCUCGAGGACAGAAGCUGCCUGUGCGCGCUAAAAGCACAAGGAGCAUUGCAUCCCAGGUAGUGAAGAAACUAAGUCUGAAGCGUCCCCUCGACCGGCUUACCCGUCAUGUCACGAAGGAUAAACACGAGCCGCCAAGGGUCAUCGACUUCGACACCAAACAGGAUUUCCAGGAGUAUCUCCAUCCAACACAGGAUUCGGAGUCUGGCGGAAUUGCAGAACUUCCCGCCGAGCUGCCGCAAUACACACCCUUCCAGGAUUCGACUCGUACACAAGACAACGAACCUCCGGUCUUGUUGGAGAACGCUCCCAUGUCAAACGAGAAAGAAGAUGUGUUGAUUACCAAGGACGACGAGAUGGCGCCGAAGCCGUCCCGGACCAAUUCUAGGUCGAUGCGGUGUGAUCAUUGCCAGACUCCCAUCCGCCUAGACCAGGUCUACUACCAUUGUUCCAUCUGCGAGGACGGCGAUCGUAUAGUGUGCUCGUCUUGUGAUCAAGCUGGCUGGAGCUGUCGCCAUGAGAUAACCCUCAAGGUGAGGAGUGUCUCACGUAUGCCGACACCACGGAAAGAAGAGUCGACCAGUCUGGGUAGGGAGCGAAGCGCUUCAGAGGCACAACUGUACACUACUGCUGCCAUGUCGGGUCUCCACAUCCCGGGGCCUUCGUCGGAGGCUGAUCGACAGAUCCACCAUUCGCUUCCAGGCACAAUGUCGGCGAUUAGUCCUUGGGCUUACAACGGCGUCCUCGCACGUCACCAGCCAGCGACUGGAGCACAGGAACGGCAUACCCACCAUGUUUCGGCUGUCGACCACAGCAAGGACGUUGAGCUUCGACGACUGGAGCAAGAUUUGGCUCUGCGUGUGAAGGAAGUUACUCUACGUGAGCAGGAGGCUGCCGUGAGAGAACAGCACGCUUCUUUGAGGGAACAACAGGCGGCUUUGGACGUCAAGCAACAGUGGUUCACCCUUCAACUGCGCUCUGCAUUGGAAAAGGAGACCAACGUUGGGGUCGGGGCUCAAUUCGAGGACGACUUCCAGGACAAACACAUAAGAAGCCAUGCAAACAAGCGAAAGGCAAGCGACCGUCAAAGUGGUGUUUCCCCAUCCAACUCUAUCGGUGCGGGCCAGCGAUCGCCGCAUAAACAUUCGCCACGUGCUGGACAUGGACAGGAUCCAUCUGAAGAUGACGAAGAAGAGAAUGGAGCUGGCACGCCGAAAAAGAUCAAGCAAGAAUUAGAUGCCGCCCAGCCACCUGAGAAGCUGUUUGCUUGUCCAUAUUGCAAAUUUGACAAACCUAGGUACUCUGAGCGAAACGUCCAUGAGAAGCAUUAUCGCGGUUGUGCCAGCGGCUAUUGGCCAGACAUAUCUCGGCUGAAGCAGCAUUUGUACCGGGUGCACUGGCGAAAACUCCAUUGUGUCAGGUGCUAUGAACAAUUUGACAAAAGAGAGCUGCUCGACAAACACUCCAGAGCAGCACAGCCAUGUGCUGUGGGGGAGUGCCGAUUCCCCGAAAAGUUCGACGAUGCGCAGUAUAACGAGAUUCGCCGGAAGAGGCCAGCUCACUCUGCCGAACAAGUCUGGUAUAUCAUUUAUAGUACAUUGUUCCCUGGUCAGCCACAGCCUACCAGUCCUUAUGCCGAAAACGUCAAGAAUCAAGCAGACGAUGAGCAAAGUCCUUGCGUUCCGGAGCAAGACGCCAUGGAUGUGCUGGGCGAGGUUUUCGAGUCACGUUUGGAUCAGCAAGUUGAGUCUGCAGAACAAGCCUGGCUUCGAGCACCAGCAGCACGUGACUUUAUCCGCCAACAACUCAGAGCGUCCAUGGUUGAUGUCAUUCAGCGGCUUAGACACGCCAGCAGUCCUUCCAUGACCCAUCCCUCCCUAGAGAUAUCGCCGGAUUCGGCUGUGCCGUCAGAGGCCGCGCGAGCAAGUUCCAUCUCCCUGACUCCGGCAAACUCUGUGCCACCUUCGCCUAUCAACGGUCCUGGAGUUACCAACGGACCGCGCUCCGAUAGCUUUCUGUUACCAAGUCAUCGCCACAGUUUCAGCCGGCCAUUGCCUGCAAGGGUACCUCAGCGGAGCCUGGAAAGCUACUCGUUCGAGGCCUUGGGACAACAACCUUUCGAAAACUUCAGCGACUUAACCAUGGGCACCAAAUUUGCCGCCGGUGCGGCUACAGACCCUGAAAAUGAUCAGUAUGACAAAGAUUCUGGUAGCUGGACGCAAGGAGAUGAACAAGGCCUGGCCAUCUCCACCGAUUUUGACUUUGAUAUUCAGCCAACGAUUGAUUCAGCAGUUACCGAUCUGGAUGAGAAUGCUAGGCCAGAAGGUUCGACACGGUGUAUCUCUGCGUUUAAACCGGUGCGACUGUCUAGCAUGGAGCCCCCAUCGACGCAGAAUCCGGCCAUAGCUUCGGGAUUGAAAGCCAACCACUCGAAUGCUUCAUCUGUUGACUCGGGCUAUGGAAGCCGUCGACCAUCCAUGUCUCAGACCUCAGCCAACCAUCCUGCUUCUUCCGCAGCGAAACACAACGGUCGGCCAGUACAGGACAAGGUGAAAGGAAAGAGCAAAGAACCGAUUCGACCAGCUAGCCCAGUGCCAGAGUCGGACAUCAACUUCAACGCUUUCGAUGUUUCAUUUGAGGAGUUUCUGAAUCCCCACGGAGAUCCGUGUUCAUGGGAACAAUCAUGAUGUAUGGAGUACUUGCAAUAGCAUGGCAGUAUAACGGAUUAUGAGGAUGCACGCACA